UGUUGCGUUUUUCCGCUAACUUUACCAACAGGCUUUGGGUGCGCUGCACAAAACACAGGAGCAAUAAAAUGGGUGAUGUCGACAAAUGGAUAGACAUUGUGAAAGAGUGCAAGUACUUGCCGGAAAACGAAUUGAAGAAACUCUGUGAUAUUGUCUGCGACAUACUGUUAGAGGAGACGAACAUACAGCCAGUGAGCACACCCGUCACAGUCUGUGGCGACAUACACGGCCAGUUCUAUGAUCUGGAGCAGCUGUUCCGAACGGGCGGCCAAGUGCCCGACACGAAUUACAUAUUCAUGGGUGACUUUGUCGAUCGGGGAUACUACAGCCUGGAGACCUUCACCCGCCUGCUGACGCUCAAGGCCCGAUACCCAAGUCGAAUUACGCUGCUGCGAGGCAACCACGAGACGCGGCAGAUAACAAAGGUGUAUGGCUUCUUCGACGAAUGCUUCAGCAAAUAUGGCAAUGCGAAUGGCUGGAAGUACUGUUGUAAGGUCUUCGACCUGCUCACCAUUGCUGCGAUCAUUGACGAGAGCGUGCUGUGCGUGCAUGGCGGGCUCAGUCCGGAGAUUAUAACGCUGGAUCAAAUACGGACAAUUGAGCGCAACGGCGAGAUACCCUACAAAGGCGCCUUCUGUGAUCUGGUGUGGUCCGAUCCCGAGGACAUGGAAUACUGGGGCCAGAGUCCGCGAGGCGCCGGCUGGCUAUUUGGCCAUAAUGUGACCAAAGACUUCAUGACCAUCAAUAAUCUGGACUUGAUCUGCCGGGCACACCAGCUGGUCAAUGAAGGCAUCAAGUACAUGUUCGAGGGCAAGCUAGUCACCGUUUGGUCCGCGCCCAACUAUUGCUAUCGCUGCGGCAACGUGGCAGCCAUCCUCAGCUUCGAUACGGCGCAGCAGCGGCAAACGAAAAUCUUUCUGGCCGUGCCCGACUCGGAACGCGUUAUACCCAAACAGAACACGACGCCGUAUUUCCUGUAAGCACGCUAACGGUGCAUGGAGCAGAGCCAACGAACCAUCUAAACCAUCCAAUGACCGACCGACCGACCAACCGCCCGACCGAUCGCCCUCUAGUCGCAACGCUUCAGGGCUGACUCGCUUCGCACUGCCAGCGAUCAAAACUAGAUUGAGGAGUUCACUAGCCGUGCAAAACGGCAGCCGCCAGCAGAGAGACCAAAACGCACACUCACGUA